UCCUGGUGUUGAAACCCUAGCCCACCAACCCAUCUUUUCAAUCGAAAACCAUAUAACCUAACCCUAAACUCACUUUUCUUAUCUUCUAAGAGAAAAUAAAAAAUAAAAAAAAUGGCGAAAAAGCGAAAGUCUCGCGCUCAAGAACCUUCCGCCGUUGUCGAACAAUCACCCGUCAAAAUGGAAGAAGAAGAAACCCCUACUGUAAACGACGUCGUUCCAUCCAAUAUUGUAAAACAAAAAGAUGAAGAACAAGAAGAAGAUCCUCAAGAGAUCGAAGAAGAUGUUGAAGAAGAAAUUGAAGAAGAAGAAGAUGAAUCUGAAGAAGAAGAAAAUAAAGAAACGGCCGCAAACGACGUCGUUUCAGAUGUUAAACAAGAAGGAGAAAAAGAAGUAGAAGAAGAGGAUAUGGAAUUAGAAGAUGAACCUGUUGAGAAGCUUCUGGAACCAUUCUCAAAAGAACAGCUUGUUUCCCUCCUCAAAGAAGCCGUUUCCAAACACCCCGAUUUAAUCGAAAACGUGUCGAAAAUCGCGGAUAUCGAUCCAGCUCAUCGAAAAAUAUUCGUGCACGGGUUAGGAUGGGACACGAAUUCAGACGUGUUAAUAAGCGAAUUCGGGAAAUAUGGAGAGAUUGAGGAUUGCAAAGCGGUUGUGGAUAAGGUCUCUGGGAAAUCGAAAGGGUAUGCUUUUAUUUUGUUUAAACAUAGAGCAGGUGCUCAGAAAGCCUUAAAGGAACCCCAGAAGAAAAUCGGAAACCGGAUGACGUCGUGCCAAUUGGCGUCUGCUGGACCGGUUCCUGCGCCUCCCCCUGUUGUACAGACUGUGUCUGAGUAUACGCAGAGGAAGAUAUUUGUUAGUAAUGUGGCUGCGGAUAUCGAUCCUGGGAAAUUGACUGAGUUUUUUGCCAAGUUUGGGGAGAUCGAUGAUGGGCCUUUGGGGUUGGAUAAGCAGACUGGGAAACCGAAAGGGUUUGCGUUGUAUGUGUAUAAGACGGUUGAAGGGGCGAAAAAGGCGUUGGAGGAACCGCACAAGGUGUUUGAGGGACAUACGUUGCAUUGUCAGAAGGCUGUUGAUGGGCCUAAACCGAAUAAGCCAUUUUUCCAGCAGGGUGGAAGUGGUGGACAUGGGAAUCAGCAUUAUGGUGGUGGACAUGGAGGACAUGGGCAUCAUGUUUCGAAAAAGGGCAAGUUUUCGGGAGGUGGGGGAGGAAGUGGUGGACAUGGGCAUUUGAUGGCCCCGUCUUAUAACACUCCGGUUCCACCUGCGUUGACACCGGCUUUGGGACAAGCGUUGACUGCGUUGCUUGCAACUCAAGGAGGUGGACUUGGGAAUCUUUUAGGAUUAGGUGGACCUCCACAAGGGAUGCCCCCGGGUGGUGGCUAUGGCAAUCAAGGUGGCGGAGGCUAUGGUGCUCCACAAGGGAUGCAGGGUGCCUACCCUCCACAGGGCGGCAAUCGACCACCUUAUGGUCGCUAGAUUCCAUCAUGUUUUUGUUUUGGACUCCCGCUGAAUGUUCUCAAGUUCCAGAAAGUUAUGCAAAUGAAGUCUUUAUUAUAUGUAACAAAAAGUAACCAUUUGCUUAAAGAGAGGAUUUGUUAAACCCGUAUUUCUCUAUUUUUAGUUACUUAUUUCUUGAACUAUUUUGAAACAAUGUAGUAUUUUGACGUUAGUAUGUUUCCAAAAAAUGCUAAAGGAGCUGGUUGUUGCUAUGGUGACACCAUAACUCCGAUAAUUUAAUGUUUUAUGCACUUAUGAUUGUAUUUUUAUGCCCUAUCUAGUUCUCUCUUAUCAAGUUUUAUGGCGUGGUCACCUUUCACUAUAGUAACAUCAGUAGCAUUUUUUUAUUCGCCUUACUUCUAUCAGCUAGGUUUCUUAUGCUUCUGUUUUAGAAUGAGCUUGGCAUUCGAAUGGUCAGCAGCAUUUGUAACAUGCUGCUCAUAAAAUUCGACACUACUGGCGCUUCAGGUAUUUUGCAUGGUACAUGGCAUUAAAUCUCAUUUCCAUGUCAUGUGUUUAUAAUAAGGGGGUCAAUAAGUUAAACUGCAGACUUCACACUUGGCUGAUCUUUAAAUGUAAUGUUUGAAAAUGAAAAAGGAAUGCUUUACAUGGAAUUUUUUUGGUCAUUGUAAAAGGAUUUGAUAAAUUUACAAUGCGUGAAGUACAAUGAUUUGAUAUUUCCAGCUGGGCUAAUGUUUUACUUUUUAUUUUUUCCAAUCAAUAAAUGUUGCAAAUGCUUACACUGGCUUCUAGCUGUAGUGUAGGACUGUAGGGAGAUGGAAUUUAACUUAAUAAGGUAGGAAAAUGUGCAGGUCAAACGGGUGGGGUAGCACUACAAAAUGGUUAUUUAUGCGGGUGAAUACUGAUUUUUUCGGGAUGACCUGUAUAAACAUUUUUUUCUUUCAUUUGUGAUAUAUAGUUAUUUAAUAUGCUAAGAAUGAUGUUUAAAAGCUGCAUUAUUACAAUACUCUGUGCUAAAUAUUAUAUUUUUAAUAAGUAGUUUUGAGGCAUUCAUUUGAAUACAUAUUGGAACUAAUUCAUCACAUUGGACAAGUUUCCCUUUUAUUUAAAAUUCCUUAGCUUAACCGUUUUGCCACAAAACAUUACCCAAGCAAACUCAUUUUAUGGGCAAGCGGAACAAAAUUGUCAACAAAACAUUACCAAACAAAUUUCUUCCUGGUUUUUAGAUUCAUUUGAUGAAUGUUAUAUUCAACCUUUCUAUUUUUAGAACCUUUCUAUUUUUAUUUUCUGAAAUACAAAAUCUAGCUUUUCAGUUGGUGAUAGAAAUCAAUAUCAUUUAAUCACUCAUAUUAAGUAUGAUUGUUUUUAUUGUCCAUGGUUACCGACUAAAUGACAAUUUUCACACAUUCUUAUCAAUCACUGUGUCCUUUUAGAUUCUUUUGGUAAAGGGAAAAUGACAGGAAAAGGAACUAUACAUCAGGUUUUUGCGUUCUAAUUUGCACAAAAAACAUAGAUCCUUUUCAUUCCAUUUGCCUUUUGGUAGGCACACUCACGAAUGCUUUUUUUUUUUUUUACUUUAUCGAAGAACCAGCAGUAUUUUGAUAUUUUCCUGACUAUCUUCAAAAGUAUCAUUAACUGACUUUACAAAAUUGAAAAACGAUGUUCUAAAUAUGACUUGUCAUAUUAAAAUAUUAUGUCCAUAAUUUUGGGAGUCUUCUGUUGUGCUGGAGUUUGCUUGUGGGUUGCUGAAAUACAAUAACGAGCAUCUGAGUUUGAAGAAUUAACUUAUGAUGUAGCACCACAGACAGCAGUUGUAAGAGAAAUGACAUAUGAGAUGAUGUCGACGGGGCUUGGAAUGGAGAGGUAUGUUUACGUUUUUUUUGUCGUCUUGCCAAAGUUUGCUGACCACGUGAAAUGAUGUGGCUGAUGUCGUGCCAUUUUUAUAAAAAUUUUACUUAAUUCUUUGUAUCAUUGAAAGUUGUUAAAAUAAGUGUGGUUUUCCGGUACAAAAGGAAUAUCCUUGUUUCUAUAAUAUGUUUUCUGGAUUUAAAAGUUCCUUUUAUUUUAAAUCAGGUUUAUUUUAUUUCAUUUUAUUGGUCCGUUUAUGAACUUAGGGUGAGGGCGGCAGUUGCAUCCUUAAAUAGUAGCAGCAACAUCACUAAUAACACUAGUAACUGCUAAACAGUUGUCUGAUUUUCAUGUCGUCUGUGUAAUUUCAACCGGUUACAUGGUUUAUUUAAAGGGUUGAGCCGUUUGGUAGGCGCCUUUUUUUUUUUGUUGAGAUUUUAGCUUAAUAGGUUUCAAAGUAAAAGCUCAGAGUCUUUGUUUGGAUAGAUGGUUUGGAGCUUUUACUUUAUCUUAAAAGCUUCAAAUCAAAACGCUUGUUGGAUUAGUUUUCAAAAAUACAAGUUUUUACCAUGCCAUCUAAUCUACUACUGAUUUACCUUCGAAUUAUAUCAAAAGUUAACAGCAGAAUCUUUUUAUCCAUCCCAUCUAAUUUUCCUCUCAAAUUCUAAUUGCUUUCAAUUAUUUUAAAUUUAAAUUUAUGAUCAAUAUAGUUGUGCCAGUAGUAUAUUAAUACUUAAUUAUAAAGCAUGUUGAUUUCAAUUGAUUUAAUAUCUAAACACUCUAUGUAAAAUAUAUAAAUAAUUUUAAUGAUCUACUAAUACUUAAUUCUCUAAUGUAAACAAAUACUUUUUUUUUGUGUGUAAAAUUUAUGAUUCUAAAACAAUUUAAAGUUACUACUUUGAUUCGGUGAAUUGUAAAAUACCUGUCAUUAAUAUAAUAUGUCACGACAGUUCCAUAUGGAAUGGAAAAGAGUUUUUAUAUAUUUAUUAUACAAUAAUGUAUAAAAUAUUAUUGAGAGGCACCACCUUUUGAUCAAAUACAUUCAAGAUUUUAAGAGAUGUAUAUCGUUGUAUUUUUCCAAAAGAAAUGUUUUAUACCCGCUUAAAGAAAUGCAAAUGUGUUAAUCAAACAUUGGCUCUUCAUUCUUCAAUGAGAAUCGAGUUAUAUGAUGACUUGAUGAAGAAUUUUUGCAUUCAAGAUUUCAAGAGAUGUAUAUUGCUGUAUAUUUCUUUUUAAGGAAUUAUAUUAAAUCUUCCUAACCAAAUAGCCUAAUAAUCCUUCUAACAUUAAAAAGGUGAAAUGUGAUAUCUACUUAUUUUCUUUCUUAAUCUUAUCUUUUGAUUUUUGCAUAAGGAUUAUUAGCUAUUCGGUUAGGUGGAUUAAUCAUUUCCUCUUUCUAAAGAAAUGUUUUACACCGCGAAAAGAAAUGCAAAUGUGUUAAUCAAACAUUAGAUCUUCAUUCUUCACUGAGAAUCAAGUUACAUGAUGAGGAACUUUUGACAAAAAAAAAUUUGUUUAUGAUUUUUGAUUGAGUUUUGACAUGGACAGUUGUUUGUCUGAAACUAGAUGUUGGUUUCAAGUGUAUAUAAAAGUAACCACAUUUUAUAACUAGCUUUUUUUUUCUUCCAAUUGUUAUUAUUAUUAUCCUUAUUAUAUUAUUAGAAACGAUAUAUAUGUAGAUAUACGGCAAGUCUUUCAGAGGUCUAUGUAGGUGUGAACUAUUGUUGAUAUUAAUGUAAUUAUGUGCUAAUGAAUAUAGAGUCUUUGAGGUGAAGUGGGACAAUGGGUUACUUUGUUGAAGUCGAUUUUUUUUUUUUUAAAAUCUCGGUCAAUAGAGAUAAGUUAGUCUAUUAGACAAAUAUAUUUUUAAGCAUUGGUGGUUGUGGACUUGAGGUGGGUUUAUUUAUGCCAUUGUGAAUUGAAAACCGUGGCUAUGAAGGUGGGUUUGACGUUGAUUUUCACAUUUUUUUGAGGGCAAGCGAUUUGUUGAUUUGAGGUUGUCUACACCUCAUGGCAAGAGACGAAUGUUCGAAGUCAAGAUAAUUGGUCGAGGUCAGUUGUCAAUACAACAUUGCAAGAGACUAGUUUUUUAAAGUUGAGAACUGGAUCAUGGCAUUACGAUGGGGAUUGCAUUACGGAAGCUAUAAAGUUUAUUGUAUAAACUUAUCACAGCUUUUUCAUAGAUAUACCAAAAUGUAUAAAUGUAAUACAUGGUUAUUGUAAUUUUAUCGAAAGUUGUAUUACUUAUCUCUAA